AUGCCAUACGAAGAUGAUGAUAAGAAUACUUCUGAUCACGGUUUUGGUGAUCUUUUUGGUUCUGAUGAUGAAGCAUCUGAUAUAGAUGAUGGACGUUCUCAGUUUUCAGAAGAACAGCAAACUACUUCUGCCGCCAAUACUUUGAAAUCAUCACCGGUACUGUCAUCAACUGCAGCAAAAACAAAUGAUUUUGACAAAUUAUUUGGUAGUAGUGAUGAGGAAUCAGAAGAAAAGAUAGAGAAAAAACAAACACUAAAACAAAGAAGCUCACAAUUUGAAUCUUCAGAAGAUGAACAAGAUAACUUGGAUAAACAAAGUUUAAAUGAGUAUGAAGAUGAUAAUGAAGGAUAUAGAGACAAUGAUUAUAGAUCAUCUUAUAAGGAAAAACGCGUAGAAGUUUCAGUUGAAUUGCCACAAUUGUCUUUACCUUAUAGCGAUGAUAAUAAGUAUUAUUUAGUAAAGUUACCACAUUAUUUAGAUAUUGAAAAUAAUCCAUUUGUUGCUGAAGAAUUCAAAGUUCAAACUGGUGAAGGAUUAAGUGAAGCACAAGAACAAGAGUCUAUUCGUGAGCAAGUUGAGAGUACUAUCCGUUGGAGAAGAGUAAAAGAAGAUGGUAUAGAGACUAUGCAAUCGAAUGCACAUUUUGUUGAAUGGGAGGAUGGUAGAAUGUCACUUAUGUUGGGUGAUGAAUGCUUUGAUAUUAGUAGCAAGCCUGUUGGAUCUCACGAACAUAUAUAUUUGCUUGCACAUCAAUCUUCUGCUGGUGCGCUUGAAAGUCAAACUGAAUUAACAGAUUAUAUGGCGUUUAGACCUAGUGGUCUUAUGAGUGAUACACAUCGUUAUCUAACGGCACAAAUUGCUGAUAAACAAAUAAAGAAAAACAAAACAAAAAUAUUUUUUACUGAAAAAGAUCCAGAACGCAUGAAACAUGAACUUGAGGCUCAAGAAAAUGAGCGUUUGAAAGCACAAAGGAAAUUAGAACAACAACGCAGGAAAGCUGAUUUACGUUAUAAUGAUGUUGGCACACGCCGUCAUAAUGAUUUUGGAGAUUUUGAUACAGUUGAUUAUUCAUCAAAUUAUAGCUCAAGUCAUUUGGCACAAGACCGCUAUGAAGAUGAUUUUGUUGUUGAUGAUGAUGAAUACGAUGAAGAAGAAGAAAGAUUAAGAGAAAAUCGAUUAUCACAAGUAAAACGAACUGGCAUGGAUAGAUAUAAACGAUCUAAUUAUAGUGAUGAGGACGAAGAAGAGGAGUAUGAUUACGGAAGUGAAGAAGAGGAAGAUGAUGAUGAAGAAAUUGUUGUUAGAAGACAUAAACGUAAUCGUAUUUUAAGUGAUGAAGAUGAAUAAGACUUACCAAGUUUAAAAAAAAAGAAGAAAUAAGAUAACUAUGUCUAUUACAUGUAUAAAUCUGUAAUAGUGAUUUAUUUAUAUAUCUAAUAAAGGAGAGAUAAUAUGUUAGUUUGAAGAAAGUUACAUUAUUAAACAAACUAUAUAAAUU